AUAUCACGUAACUCUGAAAUGGGGAUCCCACCUGUGAAGAAGUGGACUGGCAUUCAAUUAUUUGGGAACUGACUCAUGUAAAGGUGGCAUCGGCAACACUUCAUUAUAACUGAGAAAAAUACCUGCAAUUGAAAUAAGAUGAAGUAACACGAUAACCUCCGAUCUUCCGCUUCCGCGCACCCAUUCUGCGCCUGCGCUCUGUGGUUGUUGUGGAGCGCUGACAGGCACGUGAACAGUGCUACGUCAUCGUAAACACGAGCGGGCGACAUGGCGGCUCCUGCAACUACCAAGCUCGUAUUUGAACAGGAAGGGAUUUUUAUUCAUUCGAGUUCUGCGAGAGGCGAGGACCAAGAAGUUCUCAUAUCGGGGUUCCUGCGGCUCAUCCAGAAGGAUGGCGAUUUCUGUGUGGAAUACAGGCCCCUGGAAGAUGCUGUCGACCCCUCCAACAUGCUGUGUGCCGGCAAGGACUCGAGCUCGGUGGUGGAGUGGACUCAGACCCCACAGUGCGCUGGAGAGAGACCCCACCGGCCCGUGGAGCCGCAGCAGAGCUACGAGACGGAGUGGGACAUGAUCAACACCGUGUCCUUCAAGAGGAAGCCAUACGCCAACGGAGAAGGUGUGUCGCACCAGGUGCACGAGCGGAGCCGGUGGGCCUUCUUCUUCAACGUGUCCGACCUCAAGUCCAUCCGGGUGAAGACGGAGGGCUGGACCUACCUGGUCUUCUGCCUGAGGGAGGACACCCGCCUGCCGGCCCUCCACUUCCACCAGGGCGGCAGCGAGGACUUCCUGGACUGCCUCCGGAGAUACGUGGUGCUGAGCGAGUGCCCCGGUGACAAGACGUGCCUGAUGGUCUGCAGCCACAGCAAGGCCCUCUCUCAGUCCUUUGAGAACCUUAUGGAGGACGACACCGCGUACGGCGUGGUGCAGAAGCUGCGGAAGGACCCCUACACGGCCACGUUCGGCGGCUUCGCCAAGGUCACCAACUACCUCUUCGACGCGUUCCGCUGGCCGGAGCUGGAGCAGGAGCCGCAGGCCACGCCGGAGGCCGAGGUGUCGCCCGACACCCUGAGUGAGGUCAUCCCCGGCCUGGAGAUCAACCAGCAGCAGGAGCCCGGCUUCGAGGUCAUCACCCGGGUUGAUUUGGGGCGCAGGCCAGACGUGGAGAGGAGGGAUCCCGUGUCGGCGGAGGACUGGGCCCGGCGUGUGGACUCUGAGGGGAGGGUGCGGGACGUGUCCCAUUUAAAGAGGCUCGUUUUCAAAGGGGGCCUGUGCCACGCCCUGAGGAAGGAGGCCUGGAAGUUUCUCCUGGGGUACUUCCCCUGGGAGAGCACGCGGGAGGAGAGGAAGAACCUGCAGAAGAGGAAGACGGAUGAGUACUUCAGGAUGAAGCUGCAGUGGAAGUCUGUGAGUGAGGAGCAGGAGAAGAGGAACUCCAGGCUCAGGGACAACAGGAGUCUGAUAGAAAAGGACGUCAACAGGACAGACCGAACCAAUAAAUUCUACGAAGGGCCAGAUAACCCGGGCCUCAUCCUGCUGCACGACAUCCUGAUGACGUACUGCAUGUACGAUUUCGAUCUGGGGUACGUCCAGGGGAUGAACGACCUGCUGUCUCCGAUCCUCUACGUGAUGGAGAACGAGGUGGAUGCCUUCUGGUGCUUCGUGUCCUACAUGGAGCAGAUGCACCAGAACUUUGAGGAGCAGAUGCAGGGGAUGAAGACCCAGCUGAUCCAGUUGAGCACGUUGCUGCGGUUACUGGACCUGGCCUUCUGGAACUACCUCGAGGCCCAAGACUCGGGCUACCUGUACUUCUGCUUCCGCUGGCUGCUGAUCCGCUUCAAGAGGGAGCUCACCUUCCAGGACGUACUGCGGCUGUGGGAGGUCAUGUGGACCGGGUUGCCGUGUCAGAACUUCCACCUGCUGGUGUGCUGUGCCAUCCUGGACUCGGAGAAGCAGAAGAUCAUGGAGGAGCACUACGGGUUCAACGAGAUCCUCAAGCACAUAAAUGAACUUUCAAUGAAACUUGACAUUGAAGAAAUCCUACAGAAAGCAGAAGCCAUUUGCAUACAGAUUAAAAGCUGUAAGGACAUCCCGCAUUCGGUGAGUGAGAUUUUGGGAUUCAACGAGGAGGCGGAGCUUCCCGCCACGGAAGCGGAGGCGGGCGAUUCGGAACGGCCGGAUCCGCCAGCGCCAUCCCACGCCCCGCCAUCCCACAUCCCGCCAUCCCACGCCCCGCCAUCCCACGUUCGGCAGGAACGCGUCACAGACCUCAUCUCCAACGGCAACGGACAUUUACACGAAGCUGCCCACGACGUUUACAAAAUCGCCUACAUAUCCUAGUGCGCGAAGGCGCCCUGGCACGGAGACGUCCACGCCCACAGAUAAACUAUAUCGGGUUCCCAAUUAGACGGGAGAGAAACUAAACAAGGUUUUAAAAGACCCAUCUCAGAAAAAUUAUUUUUGUAACUUCUUUGUACCAUAAUGUUCUUUCAUUUUUGAAUAAUCAUUCCUUCCUUCAGACAGUGCUAAAGAUGCUUCUUAAAGCUUGGGAUUUCUUUUUUCUUUACAGCCGUAACAAAAAUGAUUUGCCAGUUAAGAUAUUCUGAAUCGUAUAUUACUUUUACAGAUUAAUGGUGGAUCUAACAUGGUGGAAUGAUGUGUAUCUUAGGAAAAAGGAAGGCGUGGUAGUUUGGUAUCUCUGACUCUUCAUAAACAGGUCAGUGAUAUCCACUGCUGAUGCCCAGGACUUGUAUGACGUGUAGAAUGUGGCGUUUAUAGAUCCAUGAAAUAUUAUGUGUGCAUUGAAGCCGGCUUUUUGAUUUUCUCUGAAAGUAGGAUGCGUUCUUGCGAAGCGUCGACGAGGAGAUUGGGGAAAAUCUCGGAUCCCUGCCUUAUACCACAAUCCCCUUCUAUAUCCACGAGUGGAACUUAAUUGACUGAGUGAAAAACGAAACGUAGUCCAACACGGUCUGCACUUCGCCAGUAUAUCAUAGUGCUUCUCUGUCCGAUUUCUCCAGUUUCACAUUUCCGUCGCCGCUAACGACGCGACCCCUGCAAAACCAACCAAUCGGGUGACGACUGCAAAAGCGUCUCAGGGUUUGCGUGUUCCGGGGGGGGGUAGGGUUUAGUUUUUUUGUUUGUUCGCCUGCCCUGUUGAGGGAACGAGGCCGUGCACUCGUGUGAGACUCCGUGUUACCUUACAUUACGUGGCAUUUAGCAGACGCUCUUAUCCAGAGUGACGUACAACCAAGUGCAGAUCAAACACAAGUACAAGUGCGAACAGGACCUGAGAGGACAGUACAGUUCCGAGUUCUAGUGUGACCGUACUGAUAUAAUCGGAACCCUUGAAGAAUACAUCAACUUCCAAACUAGCAUGCCAUAGUUGGCAGCUAGAAUACCCCGAGUACAACAAUACAAUAACUAAUACAAAAAACAACAAUAUCGAUACAACUAUAUAAGUGCCAUUACAGUCUAUGGCAUAUAUAAGGCUAAUCAUGGUGGUGAGUUAGGAUGUUAAGCUCAGGUGGCCUCCGAGCAAACUACCAGAAUCAAAAUGGCCUCCGUGCAACCUAUUAGAAUCAAAAUGGCCUCCGUGCAACCUAUUAGAAUCAAAAUGGCCUCUGUGCAAACUACCUGAAUCAAAAUGGCCUUCGUGCAACCUAUUAGAAUCAAAAUGGCCUCUGUGCAAACUACCAGAAUCAAAAUGGCCUCUGUGCAAACUGCCAGAAUCAAAAUGGCCUUCGUUUCUUGCUGGCCAGCCGGAACUUGCCCAUACCGGUUUGUUUUUGACGUGGACAUUUUCAGCGGCCUUUGGAGCAAGACACCAGCGGUCCCAGCCGACAGAGAGAGACGGGUGGGUCCCGCCCACGCAGGGAGACACGUAGGCCCAGCCUGGGCUGAGCUGAACUCAAGAGGCCUUCACCUCCAGCUUCAUCUUCAUCUUCUUUUCUGUUUUUUUCUUUCUCGCCAAAACACACUGCAGUGCAAUUUAUACCCGACCCCUUCUGAUCCCCGCCCCUCUCCACUGUAUGACACAGCUGUGUGCUCCUCAAAAACUCUGUCGCCAAGCCUUUAAGCCUUUAAAAUGAAAACAAUUUGAUUUGAAAUAAUUAAGACACCAAGAAGGUUUUUCAGGAGUGUUUUUAGCUGAGAUCCAGCUUCAGAAAAACGAGCUGUAUGAUGAAAUACAGGGUGACGUGUUUAUACAGUGUGUACCUGUACAUAUUUGUAUAUUCUCAAUGAUUGUACUGCAUUGAUAAUUUCUUUGAUAAAUAAAUUCGCUUGAAACCGUUGACAA